AGUUUGACCUACACACAGCUGUUUACGAUCUUUGCAAUAAUGGCCGACGAGUCUUGCCCUAGUCGUGUUUUAAAAAUGUUUCGAAAGAAUUUCAAUUUUUUCCCUAUUUAAACGUGACAAAAAUCAAGUGUACCAUGACUGUAACAACGUAAAAACAACCAACAAUUGAUAUGACUCCCCUAUUUCUAACCAAAAGAGAAAACUCCAAUAUAAACAAGUGUUAAUUUAACUACCGGGAACUUCAAUGUGAGUCAUUAAAAAUAUUAAAAUCGAUUCAAAGGGGUGGGUUUCACUGACCCAAUUCCACCAAUAAUUCCCAAUUAUUUAUUUUUUGUGAAAAAAAAACGGUUUUGGGGAUUUUUAUAAUCGGUGGUGAAAAAUGGACGAAGCUUCGAAUCAAGUGAAAAAAGAACGUAAUUUCCCAACUUUGGAACUAACCCCAACAGGGGUGUCACCUCAACCGAGUCUCGAAAUCCAAUCCCCGAAAACCCCCACUUUAUCCCGGAAACUCAAAGCUGUGAGUCUUGAUUCGGAUCCCCCGAAACAAUCAACGAGUCUCGACGUAUCUCGGGAUGUAUUCUCCAUGCCCAAUACCCCCAAAAGACAAGUCAAACACAAGCUCUCUUGUGAAUUCGAUGAUGGGAACCAUAAGACAUCUCUAACGCCGAAUUUCAGCUCAAAUUUGAAAAAAUUCGCAUCGAAUAAUAGUAUUUCAGGGUCGCAGACUUUGAAGACACUUCCGGAAAUCAUGACAUUGCAAGAUUUUUCUGAUAGUAGAACUGAACCGGUCAGAGUGAAGACAAAAGGACUAUUGGAACGCCGAGGCUCCAAUGCGAGUCUCACCAUCGAUUUGGGUUCAAACUCGAGCAUUUCGGAAAAGACAUCUUUCACGAGACUCAAUUCGGCCAAAAGCGUCUCAAAUUUGAAUCUUUCGACGUUUGGAGACAAGUGCGCUUGCGCAAUCAUCAAAUCGGAAAGACGCAAAUCGCAGGAGGCCUGUGGAAAUUGCAUAAUAUACGAAUCAGUUCCUAGCAAAGCCAAUGGUUGCAAAACGAACAAAUGUGGGGCUAUUGUUAAGCGUUGUAAUUGUUCUUUGAUUAAAUGUCGACGGAAAUCGCUCUCAAACGAGAAUCUCUAUGUGCCCCCUUGUGGUUUCUGUCAAAAGGGGGCUUACAAAGACUGUACCACCAAGCAUUGCAAAGGUUAUAGAAAAGCCUACUAUCCAAGACAACCCGAUUUGGACUCGUCACAACUCCUUUCUGAAGAUUUCAAAAUGCAUCUUGAAAACGUCCAGUAUUUGCAAACUGCCGGGAGUGUACUUUCCAUUAGUGACCUGAAGAUGGCGUGUGAGGUGUCACGAGUACCAAAACUGCACUCGGAAUUUUGGGAAGUGCCUCUGAAUUUACAAGAAAAGUGCUACGUGUCUGGUAGUCAGAGUCGUAAUCGGUACAAGGGCGUAUUACCCAAUGAACAUAGUCGGGUUCAUUUACCCGGACCUCAAAGUUAUAUUCACGCCAACUAUAUCAAGGGUCCGGAUUACACCGAAACAGCUUACAUCGCAACUCAAGGUCCGAUGACACACACCUGUCAAGAUUUCUGGGAUAUGGUAUGGCACACUAAUUGCGUUCGCAUCGUAAUGUUGACCGGUUUGAUCGAAAAGGGGCGGAGCAAAUGCGAAUUGUACUUUCCAUUGGGCAAGAAGGACCAAUCAGCGGCCAAAUCCUUUUAUUAUGUUAAAACGACACGCGAACGCGAUAAAUUCACCUUUGACCAUACCAAUCAACAAACCGAAGAAGAAAUAUUUAAAUUCGAGGAAUUAAAUCAAGUCGACUAUGGCUCCUACACUAUCAAAUACAUCAAAGAAGAGAAUCUUGAUGAAUGUGUCAUUCGCCAUCUUGAAAUUACAUACCGUGACAAAAACGAAUCACGUUUGAUUUGCCAUUAUUGGUUCCCCAAUUGGCAGGAUCAUAAAAUGGCCAAUCCGGAGCAACUUCUCAAGAUGGCUUUGCAUUUGCUCAAUGACAAUAAGAAAAACGAAAUGUCGGUUAAAACCGAAAAACCGAAAUUAAAACCGACACGACGCGAACGCCGACGAUCAAGUGACAGCGGACCGAAAGUUCCGCCUAUUGUUGUUCAUUGUAGCGCUGGGAUUGGUCGAACUGGUUGUUUUCUUGCAAUCUUGAACGGUAUUCAACAGUUGAAAACUAAUCUCAAUGUUGAUGUUUUGGCCAUUUUGUGCUCGUUGAGAUUGAAUCGAGGCGGAAUGGUACAAACAGCCGAACAAUACGAAUUGAUACAUCGCGUAUUGAAUCUCUUUGUUGAUACAAUGUAAAACAAAAUCAAAAUUUUGAGCGACAUUUCCACUAUUUCUUGUCGUCGGCUAGGUUAGUGACGUUUCGAGCGUCAACGUACUUCUUCAGGACACAUAAAAUCCAUGAUAAUCAUUUGUAUAGAAUGUAAAUGUGAUAAUUUCUAGAUCUAAGCGAAUUCUGUGUACAUAUUUUUUGUUGUUGUUCUGUUGCGUCAUAUUUAUUACGAAAUUGAUUUUACGAUUGUUUUUUUUUUAUAUAAAUAUUUAGGGAAAAAUCGAUUUUAGCCGUUGGUAGUAUUCAUGUUUUAGCAAUAUAUAUUUUUUUGUUCUUUAGGUUAAGUUCAUCUCAUCGCACAAUUGUGAUUGUCAGGUUGGCACUAUUGACUCAUUCGUUUCAUACCAUUGGUGCCAAUUUGAAUAUUCAAAAGAGUGAUUUUUUACCAACCAAAUGAAACGAAAAGCAUUUUUUGAUGAAUAUCUAACCUCUCCCAGUACAAAUUAAUUUGUCGGUGUUUUUUAAUUAUUUAAUUAGGAGUGUUAAUUAGACAAAGGUUGUGCACAGCACAAUCGAGAAAAGAAACACAACUCUAAACACCAAAUAUCAGACUAAUUUGUAAAUUAAUGUGUCAAAAAAAAAUUAUAUAAAACUUAAAUUGGUUUUUUAAUCG